AUUCCAUAUUAUCAUCAUCAGCUUCAUCUUCAGCUUCUGUUGAUCAGAGAAGGCCUCUCUCUCUCCUCUCUCUCUCUCUCUGGAUUUUCCUUCUCAAUCCAGCCUCAGCCCUUCAUUUGUUCGUUGGGUGCCCUCUGGUUCAUUUUCCCGUUUCUGUUUCCCACCUUUUCUUUUCGCGGAGAAUAGGAAACUGACACAUACUUGGCUAGAAAGUUGACACCCAGAAUGAGCUUAAAAAUGGACGUGGAUUUCUGGGCUGCAAGGGUUCAGUCUGCCAAGCACCUCUCUGCUCUCCAAGCUGCCCGUCUCAACCACCGUUCAGAUCAUCAUUUAAACAUGGACGACUUAGAAGGAGAUGACGAUGCAGGAGCUUACUUUCCAUGCCCCUUUUGUUAUAUAGAGAUUGAACUCCGUGUUCUGUGCAGCCAUUUGCAGGAAGAACACUGUUUUGACUUGAAAAAUGCGGUUUGUCCUUUAUGUGCUGCAAAUCUAGGGAAAGAUGCAAUUGGACAUUUCACGGCACAACAUUCUCCUUCAAUCAAGAGGAGGAGAAAGUCCCACAAGUCGGGGUUUUGGAGUAAUAGUCCUGCUAUGAUUGGCAAGGACUUUCGAGAACUAAGCUCAUUUUUUGGUUCAAGUUCGACCAGCAGGAGGGGGAAUGUGCCUGACUCUGCACCUGAUCCAUUACUAUCUCCAUUUCUCUGCAAUGUCCCUCUUUCAGAUCCUAAAAGUAACCAAGAAGAUGAAUGUUCAGGUGAUGCUGCCUCAACCAAUUAUGAUGCUAAAAGCACCAUACCGGUAGGCUCAAGCGUGCUUCAAGAACAGGAUUGCGAGGAGAGAAAGCAGAAAGCUGCAUUCUGUCAAGAAUUAAUCCUAUCAACCAUUUUCUAGGAGCUGGAGUAUCGCUUUCUGGGUUAGAGGUCGGCUCGCUAAUUCUGCCAUCAUAUCAAUGAUGUUGCACCAACAAAGACCAGGUUCUUCUCCUCCUGCAUUAGCAGGACAUCAAUUGCCGCAGAUUUGGCUCUAAAACAAUCUCUAGAAAUUACCCAGCUGGUGUUAGCUGUUUAUGGAUAUAUUAUAGGCUAUAUGUAUCUAUUCUCUGCCAAUUUUACAUCACUAUCCUUAUUUAUGUUUGUACCUCAGUAUAAUUAUGGACACGAUGCCUGCAGUUAAGCAACUGUGGAAACCUUUCUAGUUACAUUUGCAGAGUUUAAAGUUUGCAUAUUUACCUGAUACAA